UCAUCUCAAAUCCAUGUUUCUUUUCAGCGUAUCUUCCUACCUCAGUAGGCGAAAAAACAAGAGAUCCCGCCGACGCCGAGCAGAGAACUGGGAGCUGACUGAGACGAGACGGAUCAUUCCGGAGGACACUGACGUCACUGAUACGUCAGAGAUGACGUCACAUAUGACGUCACAUGUGAUGGACCCGGCGCUUCUAGCCAGCCGUCUGACAUCAGGACCUCCCCGAGACAUCUCUCAGCCCCAGCGACUCGGUCUAUGGGGUCGACUCAGCCGCUCCGUGUCCUCACUAGCCUCUUCUGGGGGUGUGUUAGAAAGUCCAGGAGCCGCCCGACGAAAUGGAUCAAAGUGGACCAUGGAUAGUUGUGAGCUGGAGUGGGACGCGGAGGGGACAGGUCUGUGUCCCCGUUCGGUGGCACAGUCUGAACCGGACCAGAUGUCCUGUGGUGACGUCACAGUACCCUCACAACGUCAGUCUCCAGUCGCCAGUCUAGACUGGGAUUCUCAACUAGACACUGGGCCUCUACUAGCUGGUGCCGAGCCGCCGCUGCCGCAGCCAGCGUCUUGCGGAAGAAUGACAACAAGUGAUGUGGAUAAUGGUAAUUUUGCUGGUGACGUCAUGUCGGAUGAUGAGACAGAACAGCUGAUUGGUCAGAUCGAGGCGAUGACGCAGAGGACGUUGGCUGAAACGGGAUCGGUGAUUGGUUUUAUUGAUGAGACGUGAACUGUGAUUGGAUGUUGUGGGGGAGAAUGUGCUGUGAUUGGUUGUCGGGUGUUUUGAGGUUUGUGAAAGCCACGCCCACUUGGGAGUUGAUUAGUGAUUGGCUGGAUGUCAAGAACGACUUCUCUGAUUGCCUGAUGCGUGUCUAGUUAAUGUCUGUAACAUGUGACUGUAACUCAAUAUUUCAAUACUCUGCUAUCAGUAACUUAAAGGGACCCUCCCACCUUCAAAAAGUUAAUGAAUUGGCAAGAAAGUGAUGUCGCUCGGUUCGGAAAGAGCGAAAACGAAUAUCUACCAAAUUUCAUCGAAAAAUAUUCACCGGUUUUCAAGAUAUUAGGCUUUUACUCUUGUUUACUUUUUGGGAUCUCCGCUGUUCCUAGCGACUUUAUUUGAAAGUGCGGCACUUGUUGUUCGCAAAACGGCAUAUACCACCGCGUGCUACCAAACGUUUUAGUAAAAUAUUUAAAAUCGUUAGAUCUCCGCUGACGUCACAAAUUCUAAGGGGGCAUUCCGAUGCAUAAGCCCCUUAGAAUCCGAAAACUGCAAGUUUGAAAUUCCAUAUCUCCGAGUUAAAGCAUUUUUCGCUGUUGUGAGUGCCCAAACCGGUAUUUCAGGCUAUGGCCACCAAUUUGGCUAUCUCAACUCAAAACUAAUGUUAAGGUGGGAUGGUCACUUUAAAUACUAAUGUGCGUUUUCUAUGUUUACCUUAGUAACCUGGUCGAUGAAUGACAGCUUUGUGGUCUUACCAUGCCUCGCAGGUAAUGCCAAUUCAAAUACAACAUAAUUAAACCUGAAACAUCGUAAAAUUGUUUUAUUUUGUAAUUGUAUUGCCCUUGUCUGUGAUGUAGGGAAAAUCAUGCCAAGCUCUUUGUAGUUUUAGAA